GAAAUAUGCAAGUGGGCCAUCUGUUAUAGCACUUAACAAUGUCAAAAGUACAGAAUGAUGUAUCCCAUUGGCCAAUUCGUCCAUGCAUACUUUUUCUUGUGCGACCUUAGUACAUGGUCUGUUCCCAUAGGAAUCUUUUAACAUUCUCACUCACUCAUUUUUACAAACAUUAUGAAAAAGAUGAACAUUGCCUUGAAACAAAGCUAGACAUUGCUAACGUGGGAAGGCAAGCAAUCAACGAACGCUUUCUUCAGAACUGGGCCUUGAGUAAUCCCUCGAGAUUCUUGUCAUUCCGUAAUUGCAUCUUUUUGUCAGUCUCCCCAGGGAAUUCCCUUUUCCCAAAAACCAGACGCUGCUUUAACGAUAGGAUGCACCAAAAGAAGACGUCGUUUACGGAUGAUUACUCCGGGUUCCAACGCCAGGGGUCGGCUGGCAUGGUAAUGGCAGGAGGACGAUUACUGCUUCUACAACUGUACAUCCUAUUUUUGAAAGUAAUGUACUCCCUGAGUACCGUGACUACAUUUAAAUUCAUGAUCCAGUCCUCACCCGAUCACAUUUUGACAGCGAUCAAGAGCCUUCGGAAAACAGCAAAAAAAGAUAGAAGAUUGUCUAGAAGCAUACCCAAACAUGAUCAAGUCGUUUUGAUCGUCCAUCGAUUCAUUUUGCACAGUCAAUGUUUUGAUCAUGAGAUUCAUCUGAUCGUUGUUAUUUCACCACGAAUAUGCCUCAAAUUUGGUGAUGCCCGCUGUUAAUUGAAAGACAAUGGUGCUAGUGUAGACGGUUCUAUACGUGCAUAGUUUCAGAAGCCUGAAUAAUU